UGGAUUACGUUAUUAUACGUGCGUAUGUACGGGGGGGGUAUCUACGCUGUCCGACGCCUUCGCGUGCCUUGUGCUUUUCCCAAAAUAUUUACUUAAGAAGGGAGCAUCUUUUUCACGCACUUGUGCGCGAUCAAUAGAGCCCGAUUAUUUUAUUUAUUAAUUUGUUUAUUUUCACGGAAAGAAUUGCAAAGACACGCAAAGGGCACGCCUGACAGCGUUAAUACUUCCCAAGUAGUACAUCAUGCUGCUAUGAAAAAGACGAUUCAAUAAAGGAAAUUGUUAAGGAGUAAAGAAAAAAGUCCGCGACAUUGUGGAAAGAAAAAAAAAUUAUAAAGUAACGUUGUUAAAGUUUGCACUGAGAAUCGUCUAAAACGGAAAAUGGGAGAGGGCCUCGUAUACCAAUUAAUGCAGUUGAAAUUAUGCCGCAGACAAUAGGCACUGUGUUUGCGUCGAAGCGAGUACAAGUGAACGAUGUGACGCUUAUUAUGGGAAUAUGGGACACCGCGGGCAGUGAGAAGUACGACGCAAUGACGAGAACGUACUAUCGUGGGGCUAAGGCUGCCAUAGUGUGCUACGACAUCACGAAGUCGAGCACGUUCCAAAGAGCGAGGCACUGGGUGAGAGAGCUAAGGAGCAUCGAGGAGAACUGCAAAGUGUACCUUUGCGGCACCAAGAAGGAUCUGUGCGACCAGGGUGUCGCGCCGGACGAUCCGGACAUGCUGGGUGCUGUAGAAAGUCGAGCUGUUCGACGAAAUUAUAGAGGAUUUCGCGUCCAAUCCGGAAAAUAUGCAGAAGGUAGAGGAAGCAAUUGUUCUAAGCAGAAAAACCGAGAAAGGGGAAAGGUAUUGUUGCGCGACCUAACGAAAAGUCAGUAUUGGUGUUCAUUGUAUUCUUUUAUGCUUAUUUUUAUACCAAAUAAUUUAUCCCAGAUAUUAUGAUGAACGUAAUAAAAUAGAUUCUAAUGUGUAAUGUGUAAAUAUUGUUAACGACCAAUGUGAUAUUGUUUUUGCUCAGCAAGGGCGUUUAGAAUUUUAUACACGCAAUGUUGCUGGCAUAGUAUAAUGCAGUUUCGCAAAAAGUAGUUAGAGCUAUCAGCAAAUUUUUUAAAAAGUGUAUAGGACGCAUGCACAUACGAUUUUGUACAAUUAAAAAAUUACGCAAUGUACAAUUGAAAAAUAUUUUUAAAUAUAUGCCUCUUAAUCAUUUAGUUAACUCGUUAAAGUUGACUUUUUGUAUUAAAAUGAUAUUCGUUCAUAAUCACAUUCAAAUAUGGUUAUGAGUCACAAUUGUGAUAAGAUUCAGCGAAUCAUGUUCUUGAAUAUAAUUUUUUUUUUCCA